AUGGCUGCGCCCAUUGACAAAGUCACGCUAGCUGCAAUUCUUGUUAUUCUCUGAUAUACUGUAGCCCCAGGAAAGUUUCGUCUGAGUUCCAGUGGUCAUACAAACAUUAUUUAGAUUUUUCAGAAAUGAAACAAAAGAAUUUUAAAAAGAGAGAACCAUCUCACUUCAGAAAAAUAAAAUUAGAAGUUGAAGAAUGGAAUAAAAAACAGGGUAUAGAGACAUCUAUAGAAAGUUCUGUGAAGUCUAGACCACAGAUAUCGAGAAAACAGAGACGAAAAAAUGCAAGAAAAUUGAAGAAAACCAAGAAGCAUGAAUAUUUCAGUGGGAAAAAGGGUAUUCUACAAAACCUAGAUUCUACGAAAGGUACAGGAAAAGAUGAGAGUGUUACAAUGCCUGUAAAAUCAACAAUAGAAGGGAAGAAAUCCAUUAUGCCAAAGACUGGUAAAAAACACAAAAAGAAGAAGAAAAAAAAGAAG